UGAUUAAAAAAUUAAAUAAGACAAUAAUAUAUAAACAGUUCCACUGUGUACAUGGUUUAGUGAGAACCAAGCCAAAAUUUUGACUCCUAUAGUUUGUAGAACCAUGAGUAUCAUGAAAGUUCAAAGAUUUGGAACAGGUUUUAAUUGUUCAAGGAUAAACACCUCAAGAUUUGGUGAGAAGCCAGUAUGGUUUAGACCCAUUACCAUUAUUAAAGUUGCAGAACAAUCCUCUGUCUCAGGCUUAGUUGAAGACAAGAAAAGAGAGCUUUUUCAGGCUGUGGAAGGAAUCAACAGAGGAAUAUUUGGAAUCCCAUCUGGCAAGAAGUCAGAAAUUGAAAGUUUGGUGAAGCAGAUAGAAUCUCAAAAUCCAACUCCAGAACCAACUCUUGAACUGGAUAAGGUGGAUGGGUGCUGGAGGCUUGUUUACAGUACUAUCUCAAUAUUGGGAUCAAGAAGAACAAAGUUAGGCCUAAGAGACUUUAUCUCAUUGGGUGAUUUCUUUCAGACUAUUGACAAAGCCAAGAACAAAGCAGUCAAUGUGAUCAAGUUCAAUGCAAAGGGGUUGAUAUUGUUGUCUGGAGAGCUUAGCAUUGAAGCUUCUUUCAAGAUUGCUUCCACAACAAAGGUUGACAUUAAUUUUGAAAAUUCCACAAUCACUCCUGAUCAGUUGAUGAAUGUGUUUCGGAAAAAUUAUGAUAUUUUGUUGGGCAUCUUCAAUCCAGAGGGAUGGCUAGAAAUCACAUAUGUCGAUGACACAAUGAGAAUAGGAAGGGAUGAUAAAGGCAAUAUCUUUGUACUGGAAAGAUAUGAAGAUAAUAGCAGCUGAUAGUCAUUUUACUCUCCAUGAUUCAUUCUAGGAAAUGUUAUAGAAAUUAAGCAAAGAAAUAAUGCUAUGAUGCUUAAUACUCACAAACUGUAAUUGCAUUUACUUUUUUCAUACUCACAAACUGUAGUUUGUAUCUUAUAUUUUAAAAUUAGUUUCAAAUAUAA